AUGUCGACGACCACGGGCCCUUACAACUACUCCUACAUCUUCAAAUACAUCAUCAUCGGUGAUAUGGGCGUAGGCAAGUCCUGCCUGCUUCACCAGUUCACUGACAAGAAAUUCAUGGCCGAUUGUCCUCACACAAUUGGCGUCGAGUUUGGCACCAGAAUCAUCGAAGUGUGCGGACAGAAGAUCAAGCUUCAGAUCUGGGACACCGCUGGCCAGGAACGAUUCCGAGCUGUCACCCGGAGCUACUACCGCGGAGCUGCUGGCGCGCUGAUGGUCUACGAUAUGACGAGACGCUCCACGUACAACCACCUGAGUUCCUGGCUGACGGACGCCCGCAACCUGACGAACCCGAACACCGUCAUCUUCCUCAUCGGCAACAAGAGCGACCUGGAGUCGCAGCGUGACGUCACCUACGAGGAGGCGAAGCAGUUUGCCGACGAGAACGGCCUCAUGUUCAUCGAGACGUCGGCGAAGACGGGCGACGGCGUGGAGGAGGCCUUUCUCGAGACGGCCCGUCGCAUCUUCAGCAACAUCCAAGACGGGUCGCUCGACCUGAACGCCGCAGAGUCGGGCGUCCAGCACAAGCCCAAUCCGGUGCUCUCGGCCGGCGGCGGCAGUGGCAGCGGAGGGCGAGGGGCCAACGGAGAGGGCGUCAGCAAGUCUGACUGCCAGUGCUAA